UGAUCAAUUGUUAAUAGCUACUGUGUGUGUGUGUGUAUGUGUGAGAGAGUGUACAGACGCCUGUUUGUGUGUGUACUCUGACUUUCCGGUUUUUACGGUUUUUACGAAGCUGACCACAUACACCGUGGAGCAAACCUGCUGCGUAGCAGUUCUAAGCUCCUUAAGUCUGAGUUAAGGAGUCAGUCUGAAACCAUAUCACCACUCUGGUCGUUUGUUGAGGAGAGCGGACAUCACAGCUCAGUUGGUCAGAAGAAAUUGAUGCCAAGACAAAAUCCUGAGACCACGACUAGAUAUUUUACCACUCCCCGAAAGUUUUUUGUUAGUGUUAGGCCAAACUCACCGUAGUCGGUAGUUUGCUUUAUAGCAACGGUGAUGCUGAAGAUGUAUUCGAGCCAACGGUGUGCCGAUCUGGGCAAGUGCCUUAUGAAUAAAUACAAUCAGUAUUUAAAUCAGUAGUUGGCAGUAGUUAAAUUAUAAUUUCAUACAGAAAACUGCUGUGUGUCAUUUGAAUGUCAUUUUCCUAAUAGUCCACAGACCAUUGCAGAAUUAUUCAGACAAGUGAAGAGGCAACUAACGUCUGGGAAGAUGGUCACACUGAUCUAUUAUCUCCAAUAGGGGGCAGAAGUCAUUCUUCCCUGUUUGAGCGGUAUUUUUGUAUUUGGUCUUAAUUUGCCUUUUAGAGUCCUUUUAGAAUCCUUUUUGUCCCUGUGAAGUUAAAUCUGAAUUGAAAUUUAAAACGGUCAGGUGUGUUCAAAGCAAGAGAUAUAUAUUGAUCAUUUUUAACAAGGAUGAAUAAGUUCCUCAUCAAUACUCACUCAUUCCCUCUAUCUGUAAUUUGUAACCAAGCCUUUCCCCUGUCUUCUGCGGCUGUGAUGCUGUUUUUAUUUUACUCAGACUUAACUCAACUCAGGCUUUCGAGAGCUAAUUGUAAUCCGCUUUUGUGAAACCAGAAAGUCAGAGUUGGACCUCUCCGGUUAUCGGAAGCCAAAACUGUGACUUGAACUCGGCGUUUCAUGAGCCAGCUUCAGGAAACAGACCCCAGCACAGAGUUGAGAGGUCAAAGAAUGAAGAAGAGCACAGUCAGAACCUACUGCCCAUUCAACUUAAAAGUGAAGCAGUGGAGAAGUUCACUGUAAUGUUCCAUAUGAAAUAGUACUGCACAUUACUAUCACCAACUGUGACCAUGUCAGCUGUUACACACACGGCUCUCCCUGACCAAGUUUCUGCAUUCUGAUCCAGAUUGGUCAAAGUCUCCCUCUUGUGGAUUUGGGGGACAUGGAGCCUGCUACCAAAUGACCAAUGGACCAGUACUGGUCCAUGGACCGGGGGUUGGGAACCCCUAAUCUAUACAGUCUUCCAGUUCCAGUUCCUGCAACAUGCUGAGAUCUCUGCCUCCCCGGUCCAAGCAGAAAUGGCCACAGAAGAUCCCGUCCAUGACUUUUGUGUACAACUGCACUGUUCCUGAGACCACGAGAAGUGGGUUGUUCCUCCCUGGGCGGAAACCUGACGUACACCCAGUCUCUCCUCUCCCUCUUUCUUCGGACUUUGUGUGAGAGCGUAAAUAUUAACCCACCCAGCCUCCCUGAAGAGAACAGUGGUGCACGUGUGUUCCACAAAAGCAGCUCCGCUACCAUGGCUCUCAACAUCGCUGGUGUGGUGGCAGUGAUGGUGUUCUACCUUCUUAUUCUGGGGACAGGCAUGUGGGCUGCCAAGAAGGCCAAGAAGGCUGAGAGGACGAGGACAGGAGACAAGACUGAAGUGGCGCUCCUCGGAGACCGGAAUAUUAGCCUGCUGAUUGGGAUAUUCACCAUGACCGCUACCUGGGUUGGAGGGGGCUUCAUCCUGGGUCUGGCUGAAGCAGUGUACACUCCAAAGAUGGGCCUGGUCUGGGCUCUGAUGCCACUGCAGUAUUCUGUGUCUUUUAUAAUAGGUGGUCUUUUCUUUGCAAAGCCCAUGAGGGAGCAGAGGUACAUCACCAUGUUGGACCCUUUCCAGAUAAAGUACGGUAAAGUCAUGAGUGGUGCCCUGGUGCUGCCCGCUCUGAUGGUGGACGUGCUGUGGGUUUCCUGCACGCUGCUCAGCUUGGGAGUAACCAUGAGUGUGAUCCUGGAUCUGCCCUUCGUCUACUCUGUGUGGAUCUCAGCAGCUGUGGCCAUCGUCUACACGCUGCUCGGAGGUCUUUACUCUGUGGCCUACACUGAUGUCAUCCAGCUGACUCUCAUUUUUGUCAGUUUGUGGCUGUGCGUCCCCUUCCUUCUGCUCAACUCCUCAUCUCUGAACAUCGUCCACACAGCCUUCAACCACACCUUCCAGGAGCCGUGGCUUGGUUCUCUGGAGAAGGACAUGGUCUGGAGGUGGAUCGACGACUUUUUGAUGCUGGGUCUAGGCAGCCUGUCAUUUCAGUGCUUCCACCAGAGGACGCUGUCUGCCUCCUCAUCAAGAACAGCCCAGUUAACGUGCUUUGCAGCUGCCUGUAUGAUAGCCAUACUGGGAAUUCCUCCAGUCCUGGUUGGAGCUGUUGCCGUCUCCACAGACUGGAACCAGACACUCUACGGCUCUCCUUCUCCGUGUGAACGCGGUGACCAGACCAUGGUCCUCCCACUGACCCUGCAGUACCUCACGCCGUCCUUCAUCUCAGUCAUUGGAAUUGGAGCAGUGGCCGCAGCCGUCAUGUCGUCCACCGACUCAGCGCUGUUGUCGUCGACCUCCGUGUUUUCCUUAAACAUCUACAAAAACAUGCUGCGCCCACAGGCCUCAGAGAAUGAAAUCAAGUGGGUGAUUCGUAUCACCGUCGUGGUUGUGGGCGUGCUGGGGACGUCCAUCACCUUCCUGUCUAACAGUGUCCUGUUCCUCUGGCUCCUCGGUGCAGACCUUUCCUACACCUUGAUCUUCCCUCAACUGGUCUCCGUGCUCUUCUUCAAAGUGACUAACAUCUACGGAGCCGCGGUGGGCUACGUCGCGGGGCUGCUCAUGAGAGUUUUACUGGGAGACAAAGCCUUAGGCCUUCCUGUCGUUCUUCACCUCCCUGGGGGCACACUGGAAGAUGGAGUCCACGUCCAAACAUUUGCGGUGCGCACCUUCUCCAUGCUCUUCACCCUGACCACCAUCCUGAUAACAUCUGCGCUGGCUGUGCUGCUGUUCGACCUCCGCCUGCUGCCGGAAAGAUGGGAUGUUCGGAAACAACCGGGAAACGUUGUUCCACGGGAUCUCAAAGAGGAACCAGGACGUGACAACAACCAGAGGACCAGUGUUCUCCUGGAGCCCAUUCUGCAGAAUAGGACAUGGAGGCGGGGCCAGGAGCAAGAGGAAGAAUGGAGUCCAGGUUCUGGAAGACCAAGUACAACAGAAGACCUAGCCAAUCAGCAGUGUCAAAAGUAACAAACACUCAGACCUGAAACCUUCUGGACCCAAGUCCGCUUCUUUAACCACUAAGGCACCACUGCCCUUCUUCAAUAUUAAUAGUUAAACUACCUAGUGUAUAAUGUACUCAUUAAAAAUCCACUCUGUAUAAACCCACAUUCAAACCAACAUCA